UCGGACCUCCCACCGGAUCGAGGACAAAAACAAUCGGCAUCCCUCUGACAGUUCAGCACAAACAAGAAGAUUCACGCGAAUUAAACCCACUGUACCUUUUACACCGACAUUGAUAGCACCAAGGGAGAAAUGGUUUCUCCGGUAACAGUGGUUAAAAGUGAAGGUCCUAAACUGGUGCCAUUCUUCAAGGCGACCUGUGUGUACUUUGUGUUGUGGCUGCCUACCUCAAGCCCGUCCUGGUUCAGCGCCCUUAUCAAAUGCCUGCCCAUCUUCUGCUUGUGGGUCUUUCUGCUGGCUCAUGGCUUCAGCUUCCUCGGUGCUCGCUCCAGCGCACGCAAGAUCUUGGCCGGCCUUAUCUUUUCAGCUCUGGGUGAUGCCUUCCUCAUCUGGCAGGAACAGGGCUACUUCGUCCACGGCCUUCUGAUGUUUGCCAUUACCCACAUCCUUUACUCAUCCGCCUUCGGCAUGAAGCCCCUCAAUGUCCGUGCUGGCCUGGUCAUCACCGCUGUGUCCUCCCUGAGUUACCUCUUGCUCUACCCCUACCUGUCCGGCCCCUUCACCUACCUGGUGGCCGUCUACAUCGCUCUGAUCGGCUUCAUGGGUUGGAGGGCCAUCGCCGGCCUGCAGCUGGCCAACGACCUGUGGACCUGGACCAAGCUGUCGGCCUGCCUGGGCGCCGUGCUCUUCAUGGUCUCCGACCUCACCAUCGCCGUCAACAAGUUCUGCUUCCCCGUGCCGCACUCGCGCGCCAUCAUCAUGGCCACCUACUACGCCGCGCAGAUGCUCAUAGCGCUGUCCGCCGUCGAGUGCCAGGACGCCGAGGUGUCCCGGAAGAGGAUAUGAGGUAAACCGGUCUCCAGCGCGCGAGAUGUCGGGGAGGUGGCUCCGGCUCCGGCCCUGUGUGACCACGGACACGUCCCACUGCCAGAUCUCCAAGCCCCGGCCUUCAUCUGGGUGUGGCGAUGCCCGCAGCAUCGUUACCACGGCAAUUCAUCCACAACGCCAUCCUGCUAUCCCCCUAGUAUGAUAGAUUUGCGCAUAUCUUCUUGUGAAGAAGGUGCUGUAGUAUUAUCUCCAGCCUCUCCUGAGAGCAGCCAUGCCAGCUCCUGAAACCCAGAGAGUCUGCUGUCUCUCGCUGUUACCAUAGAGACCAGUGUAGACAUAUUAACCUGCUUCAGAAAAGUAUUCUUUUACUUUGAACUCUUUGGAUUUAAGGGGAGCAUGUCACCGUGCACAUUCACAGUGUGCACAGAACAGUGUGUGUGUGUGCAUUUGUGCGAUUAACACUCUUACCUUGCCAGCCCCCC